CCUCCCACCCCUGCUCCACCGACCGCCUCCCCGCCUCCCCGCCUUCUCCACUCACCUAGCUGCGGAUCUACCGACCAGAGGCCAUGGCGGACCUAUACAGCGACGGAAGGGCGGCGGUCGAGGCAGGAAGCGGCGUUGGAGAUGGAGGAUCGCCUCCACAUCUUCACUUCGUCGGGAUUUUCUGGUCGGCUGGAGGCCUCGGCUUGCAGGACAACAACGACCUGCCAUCGGUUCGGUUGAGAUUCGCCUCAGAUCCGUCGUCGUUCGUGUCGGCCGCUUCCUCGAAGUCGGCGGCGGCCACCCGCGUUGCUCCAUGGAGGCGCUCUAUCGUGGGUUCGGUUGAGGUCGUUACCUUUCUGGAAUUUCCGCGCGGGUUGCGGCUGCUGCUCAGUUAUCUUCCUGUGAUAGUUUUGAACACUGACAGCAAUCAUAAGUUGGUAGAUCAAGAAGUGCAUGGCCAUGCUGCAGUGUAUACAGCUCAAUCCCGAGGAGAAAGAGCUGCAUCAAAGCGCAACGCCAGCCCAUGGAAGACAGAGUGGCAGCAAUGCAGAGAUCCAUCUUUUGUCAGGCCAAAUACAUAGAAAUACUGACAGUAGGUUGAACCUGCAGUAACUGUUCCUCAAGAUGCCACCAUCGGUCGUGAAACCUGCUGGAGCUCACACUAUAUCGACUAUACAAUGCCCUCCUCAAUAUUCAUGUGAUCUGAUACAUGUGAUCAUCAUCUCGUGUAGCAACAACAAAGGUCUAUGUAAUUCAUCUAUGCAUCUCCUCAGUAUUUCUUGCAUGGUUCUACCUACAUGACCACUAAAAGCUCAUUCUGUAUUUUGGUUACUGUAAUUAGCUAACUUCUUAGAUAUUUAAUUUAAAUUUCUUAUCAUCCAUAUAGUGUAUACUAAUUAAUGUUUGUCUUUCAUGUUGGAUACUCAGAAUGGCAUGGGAAGCAUCAAUGUUCCCUCAUGGAAGCCAUACGCAUGCUGCAGCCAUGUUUUUUGUAUUCUACCUUGCACUUAUGGUGAAAUUUGGUAAGCUUAUGCGGUUGUUUGUUGAUCUGGUUCAGAUGGAUUAUCAUGUGAUUUUUAUUUUUUCUUCACUCACCACCACGGAUUAUAUAAAAGGUUCUAUGCCAUGGAAUCAAAAUUUCACUUAAUGAUGCUGGGCAUUAGAACAGUACAUUACAUUCAUUUCUUCUUAUAGUGCUAGCAAUCUGCAUUGCAAAUUAAGAGUUUCAGAUAAUACUAUGAUGGAUGAGAAGCAGGACAAAUUAAUCCCCUUACAAGGUUAAAUAUGUGCUUCCUUCCAAAGUUCCUCUUUGAAAAUGAUUAAUCUUAAUCAUCUUAUUUAUUUUUAUUUUGGUCAUUUGUUUUGUUCUCAGAUUUAUAAAUGUUUUCCCCAUCUUUGUAGUUAAGCUCAAGCUUGAUUGUUUUAUUACCAUGCCAAUCCAUUCCUGUGUUUUUUUGGGUGUUCACUCACACGCCCACAGUGGUUUUUUUAUCCAUUAGUUUGAUGUUGUUAAGCUCAAGUGCUUAGUGUUUGCUUUGCAGCUAGCACUAGGAGAGAUGAAUGGUGGCAAGGGAUAGCAGCAGUAGGUCAGCUUGGUCUAGGAUUAAUAGUGUCGGCGGAGAUGUUUUUUGGCUCAAGAAGUCGAUGAAUGUUCCGGCUGGGUUAUCCGAGCCUCUACAUAAGUGCUCCUCAGGAAGCUCGAGCGCAUCCAGUAGCGGCGUGGUCGUCAUACUGGGCUGCUGCGAGUACCACUGCGGCAUGCCAUACCCUGGAAGCAACGACAACCAGCAUU